CGAAUACCAUUUUAGAAUGUGAACAGUAAGGAUAUUGACUAAUUGUGACUGCUGACGUAUACUCCCAUUUCUCAUAAAGGUGAAAAAAAUAAAUAAAAAAAGUGAUACAAUUUGCAGGAUAUUGUUCAUAUUGGGUAUUCAAAGAGUCUUUCAUAGCUUUCAGAAAGAAGUAUCGAAUUAAGCAAAUAAUUGCAUACAGAAUGAAUGUUGCUAAUUAUUUUAUUAUUUUAAUACAACUAUUUUGUGUGGCAAGUGCUUCAUUGGUUCAGCGGUCACCUUAUUCCCUACAGGGAGCAGUGGACGAGUUACAUCAUCGGGAUGUCGGAAAAUAUCCAUUAAAUGCACCACCUUUACAACAAUACUACUUUAAUGGUGCUUUCAACACUGGUGCCGAGCAAGAUUAUUGGAUCGAUGACUUUCAACCCACUUCGGUAUUUCGAGAACGUGAGAUCCAAAAGACUCCUGCAAGCAUUACAGUUCCUGAACGUUCUGAAUUAACAAAAGAGUUCUUAAGUGAAAUCGAAGAUGCCCAGGAACUUGAACGCGAAGAUCGCUUUAGAGAAACAUUGCGUAAUCUAUGGGAGAAAUAUCAACAGCAGGAGAAUGAUAUUGAAGACAAUAGCCUCGAAGAAAAAAAACGCAUGCGAAUGCCUCCCUACUAUAUGCUAAUGCAAAAGAAACGCUCAUAUCCUGUACUUCCAUGGUUACCAUAUUCAGAACGUAAGAAACGCUUUCCAGUCGCGAAACGUUCAACUAAAACGUCUUACAGUGAAAAUAUGAAUCUGGGAAAAACUGAUGAAAAAGUGGCUAAAGAGUUGAGCGAAUUGUUUGGGUCUUCUUCGUCUGCAGCAAGCGAAGAGAAAAAGAAACGUUCCACUGAUGAACAAACACAAACUUCUAUCCAUGAUUCUCCUAAAGGGCCAACUAUUGGAAAUGGUACGCUAUUGGAAGUUCCGUCUAAACAAGAAAAUGUAACGGUAUUGUUAGACGAACACAGCAUUCAUCAUCACAGCUUUGAAAAUGAUCACGAUAGUCCCCAUGUUGGCCAUACACAAAAAGAACAUAAGCACCGAAAACGCAGCGAUCGUCAUGGCUCUCAUGAGAGUCAUGAAGAGGAUGAGGGAAGCACUGAAUCUGAAGAGCGAGAAGAAGAAGAAGGUGAAGAGGAAGACGAAGAAGAAUUCGAAGAAGAAGACCUAGAAAACCGAAAGAAAAAGCGAGAAUUAACUAUCGCAAAGAAAUUUCUUCGAAAUGACCCUUUUCCAUCAGCACGCAUUAGUAAUCUGAGACGUAAAAAGUCCAUAGACUGGUCAACAUAUUUUGGGAUAGAUCGCAAAAAGAAAUCUACUAAUGGUCUAAAUGAGGAGGAAGAUGAUAAAAAGGAAGAGGAAAAGAAAAAACGAGAAUUAAAUAUUAAAGAAAUAAGAAAUAUGGAUAGAAAAUUACAAUCGAUUGAAGACUUCAUCAUCGAUGAAACCAUAAAAUAUACAGGUGCACAUGAAGGUAUAGCAAAUCCUGAUGAAAUAAGGCGAUUGAAGGAUCAUGUGCUUUCACGUUUAGCUACAGCGUACAGUUUGGAAAAAAUGCGUCGUGCUUUGGAAAAAUUGAGGAAAUAUGUUGAAACUGAUGAUCAUUUACAGCGCAAUGUAAUCGAACCGGACGAUAGUGGUGAAAAUGGAUUAGAAAAACGAUUGUCAGUUAAGAAGGAACAGCCGGCUGAACAAGAUAUGGAAAUGAAUAGUAUAUCCUCGGAAAAUGACAUAACAAAGGAGAUUAACACGAAAACGAUGACAGACAACAGCCGUGCUUAUUCUACCAAUGAAAAGGCCGGCUUAAAAAAUCGUGAUCUUUCGGAAAAUUUAAGAAAACUGAAGAAGAAAUUUAAUGGUUAUGUACGUUAUCCGGAGUUACCCAAUAAUUUUAGUGAUAACGACGAUAGCGACAAGGAUGUCGGUGCUGGACUUUAUGAGACAUUAAACGAUGCAUAUUUGGGCAAUAAAAACUACGUAAUUGGAUCAAAUAAGUGUCCUUUAAUUGAAGCAAUGGCAGAACGUUGUAGUGGUAUUGAAUUUCUAAGUGGGGAUACCAAUCAAAACCUCUUGCCCAUUUGUGGAGUACACCAGAUCUGUUAUUUAUGUGGAACUUCGCAAAUGGCUUGUGAUUAUCACUAUUUGGCCGAGGUCGAUUCUAUUUGUGGCAACAACAAUGAUUGUCAAGUGGCGGCUCGUUCUAUAUUGAUGAUAUUGCGUGGCACUCUAAGCCAACAACUUGGACCAAAAGAAUGUAUGAAGAAUUCAUGUUUACGCAGUGCCAUGCGAGAGAUUGGUUUGUAGAUCAUCAAGGGCAAACCUUCUCAAAAAUAUAAGUAAAAUACAUAUAAUGUAUUCAUCUCUAUCCGAAAUACAUGUACAACUAGUGGGAACUAUAAAAAUAUAAAUAUAUUUUGAAGUAUGAUAUAGUUGGAUAAACCAAAUGUAAUACCUGUUAUGAAUUUUGUCGUUGGAUCUACUGAAUUUAAGGUUUGAUUGCGUACAUACAUACUAUAAGUACAUAUUAACAUUUGUACAUGUGUAGAAACACAUAAACAUGUAGCAUACAAA